UCAACACUGCGACGAAAAAAAUAAUAUUUCUUCAAAUUUCCUUGAAAUUACGCUAAAAUAAAACCUAAAAUUAUAAAAACUCCUUAACUUAACCAUCAGACAUCAUGUCAAACGCCAUAGAAAUCCCUUUACGGGAUACCGACGAGGUCAUCGAAUUGGAUCCCGAACAACUCCCGGAAGGCGAUGAAGUGCUCGGCAUCUUGCGACAAGAACGUUCGUUCCUCAGUACUUGGGUCAAUGUUGCCUUGGCUUAUUACAAACAAGGCAAAACCGCGGAUUUUGUGAAAAUUUUGGAUGCAUCUCGUAUCGACGCCAAUACCGAAUAUCGUGAUUAUGAAAAGGAUCAAAUGCGAGCGUUCGAUAUGUUAGCGGCAUAUUACGUACAGGAAGCGAAUCGUGAAAAAUCGAAGGAUAAAAAGCGAGAACUUUUCAUGAAAGCCACGCAUUUGUACACGACAGCCGAUAAAAUUAUCAUGUACGACCAAAAUCACUUGUUAGGACGAGCGUAUUUUUGUUUGCUCGAAGGCGACAAAAUGGAACAAGCUGAUGCGCAAUUUAAUUUCGUCUUGAAUCAAUCGAACAAUAAUAUUCCAUCACUUUUGGGCAAAGCGUGCAUUGCUUUCAACAAAAAAGAUUACCGCGGCGCUUUGGCAUUUUACAAAAAAGCUCUCCGAACACAUCCGAAAUGCCCGGCAGCGGUUCGAUUAGGCAUGGGACACUGUUUCCUGAAGAUGAACAAUCCGGAAAAAGCUAGAUUAGCAUUUCAACGUGCUUUGGACCUCGAUCCGCAAUGUGUGGGCGCUCUCGUUGGCUUGGCAAUCCUCAAAUUGAACUUGCACGAACCCGAAUCCAACAAAAUUGGCGUUCAAAUGCUCUCGAAGGCUUAUACGAUCGAUUCGACAAACCCCAUGGUACUGAAUCAUCUCGCAAAUCACUUUUUCUUCAAAAAGGACUAUCAAAAAGUCCAACAUUUGGCGUUGCAUGCAUUCCAUAACACGGAAAAUGAGGCAAUGAGAGCCGAAAGUUGCUAUCAACUCGCCCGGGCUUUUCAUGCGCAACGAGAUUACGAUCAAGCGUUUCAAUAUUAUUAUCAAUCGACGCAGUUUGCACCGACAAAUUUCGUUUUGCCGCAUUAUGGGUUGGGUCAGAUGUACAUUUAUCGCGGCGACUCGGAAAAUGCAGCGCAAUGCUUUGAAAAAGUAUUGAAAGUUCAACCCGGGAAUUAUGAGACGAUGAAAAUUUUGGGUUCGCUUUACGCUAAUUCAAGUUCUCAGUCGAAACGGGACAUUGCGAGAAAUCAUUUGAAAAAAGUCACGGAACAACUUCCGGAUGACGUUGAAGCUUGGAUCGAAUUGGCGCAGAUUUUGGAACAAAAUGACCUUCAAGGGUCCUUGCAAGCUUACGGGACAGCGAUGACUUUGUUGAAAGACGUUGGCAUGGAAGUUCCUCCUGAAAUCCUUAACAACGUCGCUGCCCUUCAUUAUCGUUUGGGAAAUCUCGAAGAAGCCCAAAAAAAUCUUCAACAAAGUUUGGAACGAGCAAAAGCCGAAGUUGAAGUUGAUCCGCAUUAUUACGAGUCAAUUUCCGUAACGAUGACAUACAAUUUGGCACGACUCAACGAAGCCAUGUGUUGUUUCGAUAAAGCCGAUAAAUUGUACAAAGAUAUUUUGAAAGAGCAUCCCAACUACAUCGAUUGCUAUUUGCGACUUGGAUGCAUGGCACGAGAUAAAGGUUUGAUUUUUGUUGCUUCGGAUUUCUUCAAAGAUGCACUGAAGAUUAACAUGGAUAACCCGGAUACGCGAUCGUUGUUGGGUAAUUUGCAUUUGGCGAAGAUGCAAUGGACUUUGGGACAGAAGAAUUUCGAAACGAUUUUGAAGAAUCCAACAACGUCACAAGAUGCUUAUUCGUUAAUUGCUUUGGGGAAUUUUUGGUUGCAAAGUUUGCAUCAGCCGAGUAAAGAUAAGGAGAAGGAUAAGAAGCAUCAGGAGAAGGCAUUGUCGAUUUUUAAGCAAGUGCUGAGGAAUGAUCCGAAAAAUAUUUGGGCAGCGAAUGGGAUUGGAUGUGUACUUGCUCAUAAGGGAUGCAUUAUUGAAGCGAGAGAUAUUUUUGCUCAGGUUCGUGAAGCAACUGCCGACUUUUCCGACGUUUGGUUAAACAUCGCUCACGUUUACGUCGAACAAAAGCAAUACAUCAGCGCCAUUCAAAUGUACGAAAAUUGCUUAAAAAAAUUCUUCAAGCACAACAACGUCGAAAUUAUGCUUUAUCUCGCUCGAGCGUAUUUCCGUGCCGGCAAAUUGAAGGAAGCCAAGUUCACUUUGAUCAAAGCUCGUCGCGUUGCGCCUCAAGACACGAUUCUUCUCUUCAACAUCGCUCUCGUCUUACAACGUCUCGCCAUGCAAACCUUGAAAGAUGACAAAUCCGUCUUGACUGUCGUCUUGCAAGCUGUUCACGAGCUCGGAUUGUCCUUGAAAUAUUUCACGUAUCUCGCGCAAAAUGGCGACAAAACGCGAUUAAACGUCAAUUUGGCACAAGCUGAGGCAAAUCAAUGUCAAGAUUUGUUGUCGCAAGCACAAUAUCACGUGGCUCGAGCUCGUCGCAUUGACGAACAGGAAAAAUCUCUGCGGCAAAAGCAGGAGGAAGAACGUCGCGAGUUCAAGAAACGUCAAGAAGAGGAAAGACGUCGCAUGGAGGAGUUGCGUCACAAGACAAAAGAAGAAAUGCUCGCGAAACGUCAAGAGUACAUCGAAAAAACGAAAAAUGCGAUUUUACUUGCAACGGUCGUCGACGAAAAACCCCAAAAGGGACGUAAGCGACGCGAUGAAUACGUCUCGAGCAGCGGCAGUGAAGGUCCCCCAGGUGAAGGAGGCGAACGAAAAGAGAAGAAAAAACGCGAACCGAAACCCAAAAAGGACAAAGGUGCUCGAAAACGUCGCGAAAAGAAGCAACAAGAUGGCUCCGGAUCGGAUUCGGAAGGCGGCGAAGGCGGAGCUGGCAAGAAAAAGCGCGGCAAGAAACGCGGGCGAGUCGAAGCUGACAAAGGACUCACGAAACAGCAACAAUCCCGAAUUGUCUCGAAAGCAACAAUUUCCACGAGCGAGUCGGAUAGCGAUCAAAGCCGUCUCAAAAUUGCAUCGGGAAGCGAUUCAGGCAGCGGAUCCGGAGGCGAUCAAAAAAUCAAGAAGAAACGUCGUAUCGCAAGCGGAUCAGAACGUUCGUCGCGAAGUCGUUCACGUUCCGCAUCCGGAUCGGCAAAAAGUCGCAGCGGAUCGUCGAGAUCGCGUUCAAGAUCAGGUUCGCGAAGCAAAUCGCGCAGUAAAUCGGGAUCGAGAUCGCGAAGUGGCUCAAGAUCGAAAUCGCGUUCACGCAGCAAGUCGGGAAGUCGUUCACGAAGCGGAAGUAGAUCGUCGAGAUCGCGCAGCGGAAGCAGAUCGGGAAGCGGAAGUCGAAGAUCGGGAUCUCGAAGCGGAAGUGAAAGUAGACAAGGAUCUCCAGUUUCGAGGAAAUCCGUUUCAGCAAGUCCUAAUUAAGAUUUUUUUUUUUAUAAUUUAACUCUAAUGUAACUUUUAUUGAAUGAAUAAAAAAUAAAAAAAAUAAAAUUUUUGGGCGAAUACAAUAUAAAUUUGGUAAUAAGAGGAUUUUGGCAGAAAUUUU